UUGCGCCCUCAAAGCCUUUGCUCGUAAAGCCAAAAACACUCAGAAAAAGCCUUCUAAAAUCGUCCUGAUCUCUGGAUAACAGAGUCAGCUUCUUCAUCCUCCUCCCGUGCGCGAACAAGUCUUCAACUCGACCUCGCCACCUCUCCACCGUCGCUUUCGCACCUCCGAAUCGUUCACUCAGCGCAAAUCCAAUCCAAGACAUUCACAUCCACCCGACAAACCCACAACCGCAAUCAUGUCUGACGUUCAGAACGCGACCUCGCCCGACGCGGCCUCCGCUCCCGCCGAUGCGACUGCCCAGAACGGCGCCAACCAGAUCAACACCAACGUGCCUGCAACUGGCGAGGAAGCUCCAGCCUCCGCCGCCCCUGCCAACGCCAACCCAAACUCCGCCUCGCUCUAUGUCGGUGAGCUCGACCCUUCCGUCACGGAGGCCAUGCUCUUCGAGCUCUUCUCCUCCAUUGGCCAGGUCGCCUCCAUUCGUGUCUGCCGUGACGCUGUGACUCGUCGCUCGCUUGGCUACGCCUACGUCAACUACAACGUCGCCGGUGACGGCGAGCGUGCGCUUGAAGAGCUGAACUACACCUUGAUCAAGGGCAGGCCUUGCCGUAUCAUGUGGUCCCAGCGUGAUCCGCUCCUCCGCAAGACUGGUCAGGGCAAUGUUUUCAUCAAGAACCUUGACGCUGCUAUCGACAACAAGGCUCUUCACGACACCUUUGCCGCAUUCGGCAACAUCCUCUCCUGCAAGGUCGCCCAGGACGAGAACGCCAACUCCAAGGGGUACGGAUUCGUUCACUACGAGACUGCCGAGGCCGCCAACCAGGCCAUCAAGAACGUCAACGGCAUGUUGUUGAACGAGAAGAAGGUUUUCGUCGGCCACCACAUCCCCAAGAAGGACCGCAUGAGCAAGGUUGAGGAGAUGAAGGCCAACUUUACCAACAUCUACGUCAAGAACAUCGACAGCGAGACUACCGACAACGAGUUCCGCGAGCUGUUCGAGAAGUACGGUGACAUCACCUCUGCUUCGCUCGCACACGACAACGAGAGCGGCAAGAACCGAGGAUUCGGCUUCGUCAACUACAUCAGACACGAGGAUGCGUACAAGGCGGUGGAGGAGUUGAACGACUCGGACUUCAAGGGACAAAAGCUCUACGUGGGCCGCGCUCAGAAGAAGCACGAGCGUGAGGAGGAGCUCCGCAAGCAGUACGAAGCAGCUCGUCAAGAGAAGAGCGCCAAGUACACGGGUGUCAACCUCUACGUCAAGAACUUGGCGGACGAGAUUGACGACGAUGAGCUCCGCAAGGUCUUCGAGCCAUAUGGUGCCAUCACAUCUGCCAAGGUCAUGCGUGACACUCUUCCCGCCGACGGCUCUGAAACUCCCGCUAAGAAGGAAGGUGAUGCUGAAGAGAAGGAGGCCGAGCCCGAGAAAGAUGGCGAGAAGAAGGAUGAUGUUGAUGACUUGUCCAAGAAGCUGGAUACCGUCACCAUCCAGGGCGAGAAGAAGCUUCUCGGCAAGAGCAAGGGGUUCGGAUUCGUCUGCUUCUCCAACCCCGACGAGGCCACCAAGGCUGUCACUGAGUUGAACCAGAAGAUGGUGCACGGCAAGCCGCUUUACGUUGCUCUCGCUCAGCGUAAGGAGGUCCGCAAGAGUCAGCUCGAGGCCAGCAUCCAGGCUCGCAACCAGGUCCGCAUGCAGCAGCAGGCCACCGCUGGAGGUAUCCCACCCCAGUUCAUGCAGCCACAGAUGUUCAUGGGUCCCAACGGUCAGCCCAUGAUGAUGCCAGCUGGUGGACGUGGACAGCCCAUGCCAUUCAUGCAGGGUCCCGGCGGUCAAGGUCAGCGCGGCGGCUUCCCAGGUAUGCCUCCGCAAGGCGGUCGCGGACAGCCCAUGCCUCAGAUGCCUCAAAUGCCAUUCGGCUACCCACCACAAAUGGGCGGCAUGCCUCAACCAUACGGCAACCCAGCUGCCUACGCUCAGAUGAUCCAGGCUGCUCAAGCACAAGCUGCCCGCGGUCAAGGCCGUGGCGGCCCAAUGCCCGGUAUGCCCAUGAUGCCAGGUAUGCCCGGUAUGCCUCCUCAGAUGAUGCCCGCCGGCGCUGCCGGUCGUGGCGGUUUCGGUGGUGGGCGUGGAGGUAUGAUGGGUGGACGUGGUCCUUCUGAUGAGCAGCGUGGUCGCGCCUCCAACCGCGGUCCAAUGGGCUCUGGCAUCGACAUGGCUGCGCUCAACGCUGCCUCGGCUCCUCAGCAGAAGCAGAUGCUCGGUGAGGCUCUUUACCCAAAGAUCCACGCUCAGCAGCCCGAGCUGGCUGGCAAGAUUACUGGUAUGCUUCUCGAGAUGGACAACGAGGAGCUCCUCAACCUCACCGGUAACGAUCAGGCUCUCCGCGAGAAGGUCGAUGAGGCCCUCACCGUCUACGACGAGUAUCUCAAGAAUCACAGCGGUCCAUCUGGCGAGGAGGGCGGCCAGGCCAACGGCGCCGAGAACCUCAACCCGACCGCGGAGGAGGUUAAGGAUCCGGAGGCCUAGAAAGCCCACCGUAUUCAGUCCUGGACUCAGCGGAUGAUGCAACAACCGCAGUCCGUGGUGAGCCAUUGAGUUGGUCUUUUCACCUGGUGUCAAGGGGCUCGAAAUGACGGCGAGCGGUUUCUGUACCGCAAGGCUACGAUGAUGUCUUUCCUUUUUCUGUUUGCCGUACGACCUCGCCACCGCAAUGAGCGACGAGCGCGCGGGCUGAUUACUUGCGAUACCCCUUUACUCUCUGCAUCAGUACGAUACGAUCGGAGAAGCGAGCUACCACACUUUUUACG